AUGAUGCUGUUGUCCCCAACCACCCUCGCCGCUCGGACGGGGUCAGAACCACCACCGGAGCUGGUGCACCGCGCCCUCGAGGCGUGUCGCGCCGUGCUUCACGAGGUCUGCCGCCGCGUUGAAUCAACGGUCGAAAACGCCGCCGUGAAGGCAGAGCUGCGGCACGGAGUGAAGGCUGCCGAGUCAGCGGUGGCCAGGUCCGAGCGCCUCCUCACAGUGCCGCCGCGCCGCAAAGGCGCUAGCGCCAGCGGCGCUUCCGCUGCCGCAACACCGCCCUCGAAUCUCGAGACCCAGGACCGCGCCAGGAGCGGCAGAUCUUCCGUUUCUUCUGUGCCCAAUCAUGUCAUAGGCGCUCGACCCACGCAACUCACACAAAGGUCCCACGAUGCGGCUGGCAGGAGAGAGAGCAUGCCUAGCGCCACAGUCGGCGCAUCUGGGAGUACUUCGGCUUCUGCGCCGUCGCUCCGCGCCAAGGAAGUGAUCGUGAAGCGACGGAAGACCGCGGCCGAACUUUCGUCGACCAACGCCGUCGGCUCGACAACGUUGCAGAGCAGCACCGGCGCAGAGGCAGACGAUGCGAGCAGGGCGGAGCAGCACAUAUCGAACCCGUCUCUCAGCGGUGGGGCGACGGCCAGUGCGCUGCGGCCUGCUGGUACCGCGAAGUACUCCACCGACAGAGUCACAUUCAGCACCGCAUUGCAGAGUGCUGUCGUCUGGGGCUACGUGCUCAGCGCCAUCUUCUGGAAGCGGCGGAAACUGACGGAGUAUACCAUCACCGCGUUGGAGUUGCUGCUGCGCGUCAUGCCGGUGCCCUCAGACAUUGUCACUCUCAUCGUGGACCCAGCGGCGCUGAGCUACGAGGGAGCUGCUAGAGGGGAUGGCGCACUCAAAGGGCGCCGCGCGCCGCGCCGGUCGGGCCGCGUGCUUGUUUCCGUUGCUAUGGGCGUGUACUGCGCGCUGUCGGAGUGUAUACUGCAGAGCUUUUCCGAGCCGGCGGUGCAGACGCGCGCGUUGCGUCUGGUUACUGUAUUGAUCACUAGCAGCCCUGUGCCACCGCGCCGGAGCGGAGCAGGAGAGUGCUGUUCAGGCCGCAAAGGAGAGAGGAAUAGUUUCAUUGCGCCUCACCCCGACAAUGGCACCGUCGACAUGGCCGCGUGCUUCCAUGGGCACACUGCGGUUCAGGUCAUUGAGUCCUGCUUCAAAGUCGCAGCAGGAGGGGCGCAGGAAACUGUACGAUGCGAGGCUCUCCUGGCGCUCCGGGCAGCGAUGAAGCGCGUCGUGCACACAUUCGUCACAAUGCAGGCGUACGAUGAGGUAGUCGUCGGCACCGACGGGCGCGCUCAGGCACACUCGACCUUCUCAACGGAUACCAUCCUCGCCGACUACAUAACGGAUGUCGAUAGCAACGAGCCCUACACCUGGAUCCACGUCGUGCCAUCGGACAAGGCGGAGGUGCCGCUGCCGGCCUCACAACGCACCAGUCUCUUACCGCUUGAUUCGGCUGCCACUGCAGUGGCGCCCCGCUCUGCCGGCGAACCCGGCAGGAACGCCGCCACGCAGCCGCAGCAGCACAGAGAAGGGCGCUCCGAGCUCGUCAGCGCGCCAGCCGCAGCCACAUCGCCGCCGAUCAUGAAGCCUGUGCUGUGCACAGGCGACAGAAGCAGCAGCGCUAGUGGGCAGGUCUCGAGCGCGCAGGCGCCAUCGCCAGAGCACCCAGUGCUCGGUGAGGCCCGCAGGUCGUCCACGCAGCUCGGAAUCGACGCGCCUCGCUGCAAUGAAGGCAAUUCACACUUUGCGCAGACGUUGGCGCGAUCACAGCCGUCCGCCACUGCAGCCGCCAGCGCCGCUGCGGCGACCCCGCCCGACGUCGAUCCAUCGCCUUCCUCGCUGAACCUUUCUUUCGACCCACAGGCGCUCUUCCGCAAGAGCGUCGAUGAGUCUCUCGUGCUGGACGCAUUGUCGACACUGAACACCUCUGACGGUGCACUUCCAAGCCCUCUGAAGGACCUGCUGAUAGUGCUGCGCCGCAUGUGCCGGCAUGCAUCACGCCCGUGCAGCGGCACGCCAACCAACGCGAACAGUGACGUGCGAGAGCGCGAUGUGGGGUUGUGGGCUCUCGAGUGUGUGCUGGACGGACUUCCCGUGGCGAACUGCGAGCAGGAGCACCGCUGUGCAACGUGGGUGUCCCUUGUGUUGAACGCUUGCAAGUACGAGCUUCUGGGGUGCAUCGCCAAGAAUCUGGCCAUGGCGACUCCGUUCAAGCUUUUCGAGCGAGCUGUGCACCUGCUGGGGAUGAUUCUGCGCAAGUUGCACUAUCACAUGGCGCGCGAGCUGCACACGCUGCUUGGCGCCUUUCUUCUCCCGCUGAUGGUCUCGCCAUACGCCGGGUUCCGUCAGAAGCACGCGGUGCUGUCCAUGAUACGGCAGCUCUUCGCCGUGCCGCACCUGUGCGUCUCGUUCUUCGUAAACUACGACUGCAACCCCGCCUUCGACCCUGGCGCCGAGUACGGCGGCAUGCUGGAGCUGCUUGUGGAGCACGUGGUGGAGAUGACCUUCCUCGAUCACGUUGACGGCAACGGCGACGCCUACCCGUGGCUCUCGUCCGAUCAGCAGCAACUGCUCCGCAGCGAGUGCGUGGUGGUCAUUCACACGCUGAUGACUUCACUGUACCGGUGGAUCGCCGAGGACCCGCGGGAGUAUGCAGAGGGCCUGCAGCGCGAUUACCAGAAGGACGCCCAACAGGGGCAGCAACAAGAGGGCGGCAGCACGAUCGGUACAACCGCAUCGACUGAGCUGUGCCUGAACAGCUGGGAAUCAGACGAGGUAGUCGACCCGAACCCUCUGCUCACAGUUAGCCACUCUGCGACGGCGACUGCGAGUCGCAAGGAGGACCACAAAGGGAGCAGCAACUCAGGCGAGAACGAGAUCCACGGCCGCAACGUGGCAUUGCCCCUCGACGCUGCCUCUGGGACGGCCCUCCCUCACUGGAGCAAGGACAACAACGCCAACUACCAUUGGAAGCACAUCCACUACCUCCUGCAUAACAAGCGCAUCGUCCAGGAAGCCGUGCAGAGCAUUAACUCGGGCCACUGGAGGGAGGCAAAGGAGUUCCUGGAGAGUCGCGGGUUCAUGGCAGCAGGGGCGCCUAGUGAGGCGGAGCGGGCUGAUCCGACAAGUGUCGCCCCUGGUGCGUCGAGCUACACCCUGUUUGCUCGGUUCCUCUUCGAGUACCCGGGGAUCUCGCGCGGAGCGCUCAGUUCGAUCUUCGAAAAGGUCAACCAAAAGGACGGCGUUUCGCGCAUGCUGCUGCAGGAGUACCUACACUGCUUCAGCUACAAAGACAUACCCAUUGAUGUGGCGAUGCGUGACACAACGUGCAAGUUCAUGUCCUGGGAUCGACCAAUGUUCGAGGCGAAGGUGUGGGAAACGAUUCAGCAGUGCUUCGGCAAUGAGUAUGCGAGGCAGAACCCCAGCUCCAUCACGGCCCGAGACGCCGACGUCAUGGCGGGCGUGCUGCUCUUUCUUCACUCGAAUUUGCACAACGCUUUGGUGAAGAACAACCGAAUGCAGGUUUCGCAGUUCGUGCGUGACGCGAACGCCUGUCUCGAGUUUCCCAUGAUGGAGGAGGACCUCCAAGCCAUGUUCAAUCGCGUUUUGAGCUGCAAGUGGGAGCUGGACAUCUACGGUCGCACGCCGCAGCAGGCUGAGAAGGAGCGGACGCUGGUGCGACUGUCGACCAAGAUCCAGAUGGAGCGGGCAGCCCAGCAGAGGCGGCAGAGCGUCACCAACAGCAACAGCUUCAUCGUGAACUCUGAAAAGACGGCGGUGUCGGCCGGUGUGUCGGCCUCUGCCGCUGCUGCUGGUAGUGGUGCAGUUGCCACUGCGUCCGCGGCGGAGACUCACGCGACGACGUGCAAGGAUUACCUAAUGUUGGGCACCGAGCCGGCGGCUUUGGCCGAUGUGCUGCAGAGCGACGGUAUCUCGGGCCACAGUCCCCCUCGUGCGCCCGGCACGGCAGCUGCGACGGCGACUCGAAAGGCUGAGGCUGCACAGAACCCGAACGCGUCCAUGGACAGCAGGACGCUUCAGGUGUGGAUGAGCGACGAUAUGGGGCUACUGGACAACACGAUCCCCACCUACGUUGACAACAAGGACACCCUGAAGACAAAGGAGGAGCAGCACCACGCAUCCCGUGAGGUGUCCGCCAUGUACCUGCACAAGCUCGAAUCGGUGCAUCGACUGUACUGCGUCGAGGCUGAGGCGUAUCGCCCGCAGCCGUACAUUAUGCCCUGCUACGCCGAACACGUGCGGCAGAUGCUACUGCUCACGUACCCGCAUGUCAUGUCCUGCGUGUACAUGGGCUUCCGUGUUCUCGAGGAGGCACCGAUUGCGCGCACGCUGUUAGAAACCGUGCAAAUCACGUACGACGUUGCCGCCGCGUUUGUGUUGAACCUGUGUGACCUGCAUCCAUUGAUGGAGGAGGUGCUGCAGCGGUAUCUGGAUGAUGAGCGGGCGUAUCGGCUGCUGCCCUCGUCCCGUGCCACGUUUGUGCCGUUCUUACUGAACGUGCUGUAG